AGGAUUCUUCAGCAUUAAUGCUAUGGUUGUUUGUGAUCACACAAUGAAAAUAAGAUACAUAAAUGCAAAAAAUCCGGGAGCGACACAUGAUUCCAUGGUUUUUCAUAUGUCAUCAUUGAAAGCACACUUAGAACAGCAACAUCAUAAUGGUAUUCGUAAUACUUGGCUACUGGGUGAUGCUGGUUACGCUCUAAAACCAUACUUGAUGACGCCGUUCAGAAAUUCCGAGGAAGGAUUUCCUCAAAGAACAUACAACAAACAACAUGCAAAAGCCAGAAAUAUUAUAGAGCGAACAAUCGGAGUUUUAAAAAAUAGAUUCAGAUAUUUAUUGCAGGCGAGAGCUCUUCAUUACACUCCAAAGAAAGCUACACAAAUAAUAAAUGUGUGCGCAGCUUUGCACAACAUUUGUCAAUUCUAUAAUGUAGAAAUACCCGACGGAGAAGAGUUUUCAAAUGAGCCUCACGACGAUGAUGCCGGAGUCGUUGAGAUGGAAUCAAUUGAGAAUUCAGAAGCAGAAGACAUCAGAAAUGAAAUUUUAAGAACCUUGUAAAUAACUGAAAAAGUAUUAAUAAAGGUA